AGGGCUGAGAGAGGAAAGCUGCUUUAAUUGCGGGGCAGAGAGAAAAGCCAGCGAUGGCUUCGCUCAGGCAAGAGCACCACUAUGGGCUCUCCUGUGGAAAAAAUAACAAAAACAGCCCCAACAGGACGCUGUACCAUGUCAAGCUCACGGACACGGCUAUCAGAGCGCUGGAGGCUUACCAAAACAUCAAGGGAUCUUUACCAAGUGAACCAUCCAUUUGUUUCAAAGGAAACCAAGGGUACAUCAAGAUCCCUGCUCCCACAUCAGAGUCGCCAACUGCUCUUCGCGUCUUCUCCUUCUACUUAUCCAGUGACAGCAAAGACCAACCUCAAGCCAGCUUUGACUGUAUCCAUCAAUAUGUUUCAAGUGACGGCCAUGAGCAGCUGGAAGGUCAAGGUAUCAUCCAGGACAAGAUCACAGUGUGUGCCACGGAUGACUCCUACCAGAUGACCCGUGAGAGGAUGUCUCAGGUGGAGAAGGACAGCUGGAGCCGCUCUGCCAUUGAGAUCAAACCUGGAGCCACACAUCCAAGUAAAUGUGUCCAAAAGUUCCAAAAGAGGCCAGCACCUCUGUCUGCAUCAGACAGCAGCUUCUACAAGCAAUCUUCCAACAACCGGAGGAACGGCAGUAUGGCCAUGCCAACCCAGAAACCCCUGAAAGAGCGCAUCAUCCACUUGCUGGCUCUCAAACCCUACAGGAAACCAGAGCUACUGCUGUGGCUGGAAAGAGAAAGGGUUAACCCCAAAGACAAGGCUGAGCUCGGUGCUAUACUGGAGGAGGUGGCAAAAGUGAAUCCCAAAGACAGCAGCUACCUGCUGAGGGAUGACUUCUACAAGCACGUGCGGAGGGACUGGCCAGGCUACAGCGAGGAAGAGAGGCAGCUGAUCAGCAGGCUGCUGGCCAGAAAGUUACAGCCACACAUCAGCAACCAAUCAAGGAAUCCUCAAGCAAACGCAGCGAUGCUGAAGACCUCAGAGGAUACAACACUACAUCACAGCGCAGCAAAGAACCCUGCUGUGAAACGCCCCGUGCCUUUUGACUCACUGGAAAGGAUAGCUGUUAAGAGACAAAGAUUAGCUGACCAGACGCUGCAACAGCAGCCCGCUGUAAACGGACUCUUAAACAAUAAAGGAGGUCACGACAAUACACCUCCUGCCCUCAACCCCAGUUUCCACACAAAGACUGAGUUUCAAAGGACAAGUAACCAUACAGGGAACCAAAAUGGUUUACCAAGGGGCCACAAUGGCUUUCCUCUAAUGCACAAACUGUCUAGCACCUCUGACACACCUGUGACAGAGACCAGGGAGCAAGAACCCAAAGUAAACAGUCACCAGCCACCACAGGGUGAGUCUGACUGUGCUCACCAGCAGCUCACCAACAGCCAGCACAGAAAGAAGAAAUCUAAAAAGCACAAAGACAAGGAGCGAGAAAGGUUAAAAGACAACCAGGGCAAUGAAUGGUUAGAGACAAGUCCUGAUCUCAAGCGGAACAUGGACAAACUUGACAAUCCUGACAUCACAAAUGAUGUGGCCUCUGAAGGGAAGCCAGAUUAUGUGCUCACAUAUGACACCAUCACAAGUUUGGAGCAACGUCAGAGGUACCAGGACGAUUUCUGCGCAGAAUACGACGAGUACAAAGACCUCCACUCCAGGAUCGCCACCAUAACUCACAUGUUUGUUCAGCUAGGAUCCAAGAUCAAGAGCUUGUCCCCUGGCACUCAAGAAUACAAGAUAAUGGAAGACCAAAUAUUAGAAAAGUACAACAAGUAUCGAAAGAAGUUUCCAGGUUACCGGGAAGAAAAGAAACACUGCGAAUAUCUCCAUGAGAAACUGUCCUACAUCAAACAGCUCAUCAUAGACUAUGACGUCUCUCAGGCUUCUUCGUAGCAUGGGCUCCCCCUCCUCGCUUGUUAACAUCAGAUUUUUUUUUACAUGGAAGCAUAAACAACAUAGGUGAGAGUGAUAUAAAAGGUUUUGGGUGAAACUGCAGCUAUCAGCACAGACUGCCUCUGCUGGGACCAUUGAUGACAGAUGCUGUGAACACUAAUGAUUACAAGUCGAGAGCAGAUUUCACUCUGGUGUUUAUAAGUCUAUUUGUUUUGAAGUUAUCAUUUCUUUCACGUAAUGUUGAUGUCAGAAAUCAUUUUAAAUUAAUCGAGUUGCUGGAAAGCAUCUGUGCUCAUCACAUUGCCAUGACAGACAGUUUCCCUAAUAGUCUUUCUUUGUUAAAAACCAGUGUCAGUGUAAGCCAUUUCUUUGGAAAUAUGUAAAAGGUAGCAAAUAUGACUUUAACUUAUUCACUUUGUUCUUGACACUUGGCUUGUUAAGUCAAACAUAGCUCCAGGCACGGUUUCCCUUUCAUUUUCAUUGGUUUAAAGAUUGAAAUAUGCAGCACAAAAAAGGGUGUACUUUUCAAUUCCAUAUCAAAGUUGCUUCAUUCAUGAUGCAUGGUUGAAACAGCCCAGUGCAAAAAACCUUCACGUCUUAUUAUGCAAAUGGGGUGAAAUAAUGCCACUCGUUCCCAGAGCAGUUUUCCUGAAUGUUUCAGGCAUUUAUCUAGUUUAUCAAGACUAGUUUGCAGCAGUUGCUGCAUUAGCAUCGACAUAUUGAUGCUUGAUUUUUAACAAAAUCUUAAAAGAAGUUGAUUUUUUUAAGAAUUGGAAACAAGUGAAAUAAUCUUACCCCUUGACAAAAAUAGGAUUUUAAGGACUCAGUAAUAUACAACAUGACAUACUGACAGACAGAUGAUGAUAUUUCUGGUUGUAUGCAGUCCUCAUAUAUUGCACACUAAAUUUGAAUUUUUUAAAUAUUUGCUAACCGUUUGAAAGCAGCUGAAUCCAAUGAGCAAAAACUGGAAACUGUUCAGCAUAUACCUUAAUACAGUGAGGUAUAUGCUGUCUCCCAAAUGCACUUACGUUUAUCUAAAGUAUUUAUUAACUACAACUCUUUUCAAUGACAGUCAAAGGAACCAAAAUGUCUAGCCUUCAUGGCUGUUGCAAUAAUUUGCUGGGGAAAGACAAUUCUUCCUCCCCAAAACAGUUUAUGACAUUAUUAAUCAGGCACCAAGUCUAGUUUCAAGUAUUUUAACCCACUGGAAAGAAAUCUCUUUCUCUCUUUUUCUUUCUUAGAACUACUGAUGUAUUUAUUUUAAGCCACCUUCCUCUGUCCUGUGUUAUUGGUCUCCUUAGCUUGAAGCAUCAGGUCAUGUUAGAUCAAAGUGUUUGUCUAAGCAGUUGGCGGAGCAAGGUGGGAGAGGUUAUGAGUAGAUACUAACAUAAUAUAUUGUAUGUUUUAUCUCUGUUUGACCUGACACAGUUGUGGAGUGUCACUGGGUUGAGGCUGCCCUUAAAGUCCUCUAAAUAUUAUUGGCAACAAAAGGCCUCAGAUGGGAGGUACGGGGCCACUUCACCCAACAUGUUAGCGGCAUCUGAAAUUGUUCACUCAUUCACUAUAAAGGGAAAAAAGCAGAAUCAAACACUACUUGGUUAAGCUGCAAAGUGUGAUGGUACAGUAGUUGAUUUGCUCUCAUAGUGGUCACUUUGAGUCUAUCCACAUCAUUAGAUACAUAAAUCCUCACAUGAGAACUCAGGUGGCACUACAAAAUGGGAGAAAACACUAAAUUGGCGGUUUUAAUAGAGUUGGGUAUCAUUUGAAUUUUAUCCAUUCCGGUUCUUAUCUAUUCCCAGUUUCAACCCCAAUACGGAAAAAAAAGAGAUCAAAUGUUUAGAAAACAAAAAUAUCUUUUUUCUUUUGAGCGUUUACUUUGACUUUUAUUGUUUCAUUAAAAGACGUACAUUCAAAGUCUUUUUAACUGAACAUUAUGCUUUUAUUUUAAGUACUUUCUGUCUCAUCUUUCCCUCAAUGACAAAGUGUGCUGUCACUGUAAAGGCUGUGGUAACUGCUAGGUUGGAUCAGCCGGAGGGACGAGCUCUUGUGAGUGCAAUUAGGGUUAGGGUUAGGGUUGAGGCCAAGGUUAGGGUUAUGCACACAAUGAAGAAACACAACGCGUACAAAUCUCACAAGGGCUUCACAAAUCGUCCCUCUGGCUGAUCUGAUCUAGCCAUGCAUGCUUGUAUCUAAGUAAAUCAACACGUAGUUGCGUUAAUGCAUUACGUUGACGGGUUCUGGCAGAUAGCCACAUCUUUGCAGAUAUGUAGCCUUUCUUUGCAAUAAUAAAGUGUUACUGUGAACCGAUGAGCAGAACUGAAUUCAAAAUUAUUAAUGGGUACCCGUUCUUGGCAUUUUUGAUUUGGUUCUAAUUUGGAACCAGUUUUCAGUUCCCAACUGUAGGUUUUAAUAGUGUAUAGUGAAUGAUUUCAGAGUCGGCCAUAGAUAGUUGGGUCGUCAGGGAAAUAUGGAGCCAUAUUGGUAAAAAAUGUACAUUUUCUACACAAUAACCCAUUGUGGUACUUGGGUAUUGGAAACACUAGCCUGGAGGAUUUUGUAGUCUUCAAUUUCCAGUUAAUAAUCAGUCCCCAUUCAGGUGUUUUUUGCACUAAACCCACUCUGAAAAAAGGGGCAGCAGGCUAGUGAAAUUUCCCUUCAGAUUGUAAUUGUAAUUAAUCAUCAUGGUUACAAACUUUCUACUGAAUGUUAUCACACAGUCGGUGACGUAGAAGCCUUAAGAAUAUGAACUUUUAUAGAACAAAAAAAUCAAACUGCCAAUAUCAACUACAGUACAAGUCAUUAUCCACACACUCUGUUUUCUGCCUUAUAUUACUGUUAGCUGUUACAUUUUACAACUUUCUUAGCCAUUUCACUGUUCAAAUUAAUGCCAACAGUGACUUUCAGACACAUUUAAAUAUUACUCUCUGGAGGAAAUAUUCUUGAGUUAAAAAUGUUUCGUGCACAGUUUGAUUGGCUAUGAUGACAGACUUACUCCUCAGUUGCAUUUGUAAUCCUUCUGGUACGUUAUUUUAAAAUCAUCAUUUAGGCAUAUGGUCAGGCAUUUCUCAAUAGGAAUACCACUGUGGUUUAUACUGCCACUGAUAUUGUUAUUGACAACCCACCUGACUCAGCUGGUGGUAAUUAUGAGAUGGUUUCAGGAGGAAAAAUGUGUAAUGGUGUCAAGUGUUUGAAGACCAUAAAUAUCUGUUGGUUAUUGCGUAUGAAGGAAUCACUGGUCUUUAAAUACAGAAUAUUUCUUACAAGAUCAUUAAAUGAAUUUCAUUUAUCUGUGCAAGUCUUAAUCACAAAAGGUUCACAAGGUUUGUUUGUUUUUUGUUUUGUUUUUUUGUUUUUUUUACUGGUGCACCAGUGUGUACUGCUCAGUGGGUGUUUUUUAUGUACUACAAACCUGCUGAAGGGAAAGCCUCAUCUAAGUCACAGAGGAGUCGGAGAGGAGAGUAUAAAUCAUGAACUGCAUUUUACACAUGUAUAACUUUCUCCUGUCCAGUUGUGCAAAGUUCAAAAGAAUAAAAACAUCAAAGCGA